CGGGCCCCCAGGCGGAGCGACAGGCACCGAGUCACCAGGCACAACAGUGGGCUCCGAGUCAACUGGCAUGACCGCUGGCACUGGGUCAGACAUUGGAUCGUCUGGCUGGACAGCGGGCAUCGGGUCACCAGGCAUCAGGUCAUUUGGCUCGACAGCGGGCACCGUGUCAUCUGGCAAGGCACGAGCACCGCAUCAUCUGGCAAGGCAGUGGGCCCCGAGUCAACUGGCAUGACCGCGGGCACUGGGUCAGACAUUGGACCGUCUGGCUGGACAGCGGGCAUCGGGUCACCAGGCAUCAGGUCAUUUGGCUCGACAGCGAGCACCGCAUCAUCUGGCAAGGCAGUGGGCCCCGAGUCAAUUGGCACGACAGCGGGCACCGGGUCAUCAGGUACCGGAUUGUCUGGCUCGACAGCGGGCAUCGGGUCACCAGGCAUCAGGUCAUUUGGCUCGCCAGCGGGCACCGCGUCAUCUGGCAAGGCAGUGGGCACCGAGUCACCAGGCACGACAGCGGGCUCUGAGUCAAUUGGCACGACAGCGGGCACCGGAUCAGGUACCGGAUCGUCUGGAUCAACAGCGGGCAUCGAGUCAACUGGC